UUUGUCUACUGACAGGCUAUGCUAAAUUCGGCGCUUCCCUCGUAACGUGUCGCCAUCUGGAGGGAGGGGUCUGGAGGAAUAUGUGAGGGCUCCGGGAGGAAGUGAGGCGAUGAGUUUGGAAUUCAUGUGGAGAGCGGACGGAUUUGUUUGGCUGGAGGAGUGAAGUUUGGCUGGCAGGAGAAUGCCGCACUUUACUGUGGUCCCUGUGUCCGAGAGGCAGAAGGAUGACUACUGUUCCGUGGAAGGGAUUAACUACGUGGAUUACCACGACCCCCGGGAGAACUCUCACGACGUGUAUGACACUAUGAGCUCAGAUGGUCAUGGGACUGUCAGGGAGAAUAGUCCAUUUCUCAGAAACUCUGAGGCACACAAAGGCAGUGAGUUCUAUGACAGGAACUUGGCGUUAUUCGAGGAAGAACUGGACAUCCGACCUAAAGUUUCUUCUCUCCUGAGCCGCCUUGUAAACUACACAAAUCUAACACAGGGAGCAAAAGAGCAUGAAGAAGCGGAGAGUGGAGAUGGGGCUCCUAAAAAAGUAUUCAAGUCACCCAGUAUGGGCACACUGAUGGGUGUCUACCUUCCGUGUCUGCAGAAUAUCUUAGGAGUGAUACUGUUUCUUCGACUGACAUGGAUAGUGGGCACAGCUGGAGUACUCCAAACCCUCCUCAUUGUUCUAAUAUGCUGUUGCUGCACUCUACUCACAGCAAUAUCAAUGAGUGCCAUUGCUACUAAUGGUGUUGUACCAGCUGGUGGCUCAUAUUUUAUGAUCUCGAGAUCCCUUGGACCAGAGUUUGGUGGAGCUGUAGGCCUCUGCUUUUAUUUAGGUACCACAUUUGCUGCAGCAAUGUACAUUCUUGGUGCAAUUGAGAUUCUUUUGGUAUACAUUGUUCCUUCAGCUGCCAUAUUUCAUUCUACUAACUCCCAUGACGACUCAAGUUCUAAGCUGAACAAUAUGCGAGUAUAUGGGACAAUCUUCCUUACACUGAUGGCAUUUGUUGUAUUUGUCGGAGUGAAAUAUGUGAACAAAUUUGCCUCCCUAUUUCUUGCUUGUGUCAUCCUCUCCAUAUUGUCCAUCUAUGCAGGAAGCAUAAAGUCUAUUUUUGACCCACCGUUGUUUCCGAUAUGUGUGCUGGGCAAUCGAACCCUUAAUAGGGCCCAGUUUGAUUUAUGUGCCAAGACCAUAAAUAUAGAUAAUGUGACCGUGGCAACAAAGUUGUAUGAAAUGUUUUGUGGGACUUCAAAUUUUUCAAGUGGCUCGUGUGAUGAAUAUUUUCUACAUAACAAUGUCAGUGAAAUCUCUGGUAUUCCUGGAGCAGCCAGUGGCAUUUUGUCAGAAAACUUGUGGAGCACAUACCUAGAAAAAGGAGAAAUCCUUGAAAAAUCGAACAUCCAUUCUUCAGAAGUCCUGGGCGCCAAAAGUAAACUUAACCUGUAUAUCUUGGCUGACAUCACAACUUCAUUUACAGUUCUUGUUGGCAUCUUUUUUCCAUCCGUGACUGGUAUAAUGGCUGGAAGCAACCGAUCUGGUGACCUUAAAGAUGCUCAGAAGUCAAUUCCUGUUGGCACCAUUCUAGCUAUAAUCACUACUUCUUUGAUCUAUUUCAGCACUGUGAUUCUUUUUGGAGCAUGUGUCGAGGGAGUGGUUCUGAGAGACAAGUAUGGUGAUGCAGUGAACCAGAACCUAGUAGUAGGGACCCUGUCAUGGCCUUCCCCGUGGGUUAUAGUUAUAGGAUCAUUCUUUUCUACUUGUGGAGCUGGAUUACAAAGUCUGACUGGUGCACCCCGGUUACUACAAGCAAUUGCCAAGGACAAUUUAAUUCCAUUCCUGAGAGUAUUCGGACAUAGCAAAGUAAAUGGUGAACCCACAUGGGCGCUUCUUCUGACUGCCUUUAUUGCUGAACUGGGAAUUCUUAUUGCCUCCCUGGACAUGGUAGCACCAAUAUUGUCAAUGUUCUUUUUGAUGUGCUAUUUAUUUGUGAAUUUAGCAUGUGCUGUGCAGACACUACUGAGAACACCAAACUGGAGGCCGAGAUUCAAAUAUUAUCACUGGACUCUCUCUUUCUUGGGAAUGAGUAUCUGCCUGGCUCUGAUGUUUGUUUCUUCUUGGUAUUAUGCUCUUGUGGCCAUGCUAAUAGCUGGGGUGAUCUAUAAGUACAUAGAAUACCAAGGAGCAGAGAAAGAAUGGGGAGAUGGAAUUCGAGGACUCUCUCUUAGUGCCGCUAGAUAUGCCUUGCUAAGAUUGGAAGAAGGACCCCCUCACACAAAGAACUGGAGGCCUCAGCUGCUAGUUCUGCUAAAAUUGGAUGAGGAUUUACAUGUUAAAUAUCCACGCCUGUUAACAUUUGCCUCUCAGCUGAAAGCUGGGAAAGGGUUAACUAUUGUUGGUACAGCAAUACAAGGAAACUUCUUGGAGAGCUAUGGAGAAGUGCAAGCUGCUGAACAGACCAUAAAAAAUAUGAUGGAAAUAGAGAAAGUGAAAGGUUUCUGCCAAGUGGUUGUUUGCAAUAAAAUAAGAGAAGGAAUUUCACAUUUGAUUCAGUCAUGUGGACUUGGAGGAAUGAAACAUAACACUGUAAUGCUGGGAUGGCCUUAUGGCUGGAGACAGAGUGAAGAUCCACGUUCAUGGAAAACUUUUAUUGAGACUGUACGAUGUACAACUGCAGCUCAUUUAGCACUGAUGGUCCCUAAAAAUGUCUCUUUCUACCCAAGCAACCAUGAACGUUAUCUAGAAGGAAAUAUUGAUGUCUGGUGGAUUGUGCAUGAUGGUGGGAUGCUUAUGCUGCUGCCAUUCCUAUUAAAACAACAUAAGGUUUGGAAAAAAUGCAGAAUAAGAAUUUUUACUGUAGCACAAAUGGAUGAUAACAGUAUCCAAAUGAAGAAAGAUCUUGCAACCUUCCUUUAUCAUCUAAGAAUUGAAGCUGAAGUAGAAGUAGUUGAAAUGGAUGAUAGCGAUAUUUCUGCUUACACGUACGAAAGAACUCUGAUGAUGGAACAACGUUCUCAAAUGCUUAGACAAAUUCGCUUGACUCAGACUGAGAGAGAUUGCGAGCCACAGUUAAUAAAGGAUAGACAUUCUAUCAUUCGCCUGGAUAGCUUGUAUUCUGAAGAUGAAGAAGAGAUUGAGAUAGACCAAGAGAAAAUUCACAUGACUUGGACAAAGGAGAAGCACAUUGCUGAACAACAAGGAAAAAAUAAUUCAUCAGAACACUUCAGGGAACUUGUUCACUUAAAACCUAAUCAGUCCAAUGUCCGGAGGAUGCACACUGCAGUGAAACUGAACGAAGUUAUAGUAACAAAAUCACAUGAUGCCAAAUUAGUACUACUCAACAUGCCAGGUCCACCUAAAAUCACUGAUGGCGAUGAAAACUACAUGGAGUUCCUCGAAGUGCUAACAGAAGGUCUGGAAAGAGUGUUGCUGGUCCGAGGAGGAGGGAGAGAAGUCAUCACAAUCUAUUCAUGAUGCUGGAGAAAGCAUACCGAAGUGCCUUCAGAUCAAGUUUUACAACAAAGAAUUUUAGGAAUCUUACACAUUUAUAUUUCAACAUCUACCCUUGUGUGUUUAUACAGUCUGAAAUUAUUCCACAGGUCAUCAAUCCAAAUCUACAUAUGAAUGUUUACUUGAAUAGAUGGCAGGCUAUCUAGAAUUAUUUAGUUUAAGACACAUUUUUUUCAAUAGCAUGGCAUACGAUAAUUUGCACUUCAAUGCAUCUGUGCAGAUUGUUAGCACUUUAAUAAAUAUAAAUAAAUAUUGUAUAGCAUUUAACUAAUUUAUGUAUUAUAAAAAAUAAUUUGAAGGCACCAAAAAAGAAUUCUGCAGCUUUAACAUUUUUAUUAUGGACUUGCCAGUCCAUACUGCACUUAUUUUCAUAUGGUUACCAAACUGUUCACCAAAGUAUAUUGCAAAACGCAUUAGUUUGUGCUGUACUUUAUUAUUUAUUAAAAAAAAAACUGGGUGUACAUUUUAAAUACUACUUAAAUUAGUAAUGAUAAGACAAGAUAAGGUAUCAGUUUAAGCCUUACUCUGUAUAAGAUUAAUAAAGUCUCACUUUCAUUAAGUUAAUAAUUGCAUUGUGCCCACUUUACAGCUCCUGUCCAUACAGUGUACAUGUCAUUAUGAGACCGCCUCAGUCAUGUGACACAGAGCCGGGAGAGCACAUGCCAAGCACACACUUCUCCCAGCUUGUCCUACUGAUCAGCCGAUAAAAACUUUUGAUAUCUGUCCAUACAACUUAUAGAACUGUCAAAUAAAUACAUGUUUAGCCAAUAACUAUUACUUCUGACCUCUUACACACUUGGCCUAGCUGAUUGUGUAUAUGUGUUCUCAAUAGGAAGAGGGGAAUAAGCCUCUGUCAGACUCUAGUGGUGGCUUAUCUUAUAUUUAUGCUGAAAUCUACAGUUUGGGUAAAGUAAAGCAAAUUACUUGUAAGUUUUAUCUCCAUCUAAAUUAUGGGGACCCUUCGAGCAUGUAUGUGGGAAUUGAAAGCAUUCAAACACAUGCUCAGCUGAUAUAUAUGCAUCUAUACAUGUGCUCAGCAGCUAUAUACAGUCAUCGCCAUAAAUGUUGGCACCCCUGAAAUUUUUCAAGAACAUAAAGUAUUUCUCACAGAGAAAGAUUGCAGUAACACGUUUUGCCAAACACUUGUUUAUUCCCUUUGUGUGUAUUGGAACUAAACCAAAAAAGGACUUUUGUCCAGCCCGUGUUUGGAGUUUUAUGUGACAUUAUGUCCAAUUUGCUUUUUUUCCCCCUCCUUUUUUGGUUUACUUCCAAUACACA